CGGGCUGACGUGUCGGAGGAAGCCGGAAGUGGUGACUGAGUUGAGGAGGUCCCGCACUCGAUCGCCGGGCUCGGAGUUCUCGCUCGGCCUUGCCCUCCCUGCCAGCCACCUGCUCGCCAUGGGCCUCCUGCGGUUCUUGCUACCCGCCGCGCUUCUGGCGGCUGCCUUACCCUUGGCCUUGGCCUUCUACCUGCCCGGCCUGGCGCCCGUCAACUUCUGCGAGAAAACGGAGAAGUCUGACUGCAAGUCUACAAUAGAGCUCUUUGUAAAUAGACUGGACUCUGUGGAAUCAGUCCUUCCAUAUGAAUAUGCUGUAUUUGAUUUUUGUCAAACAAAUGGAGAAAAACGCCCAUCUGAAAAUCUUGGGCAAGUAUUGUUUGGAGAGAGAAUUGAACCUUCACCUUAUAAGUUCAUGUUUAAAAAUGAGGACAAAUGCAAACCCGUUUGUAAAAAAACAUAUAAUCUCAAUAUAGCAGAAGACAAGCAAAAGCUAGAAUUUCUGAAAAAGAGCAUGCUGCUGAAUUAUCAACAUCACUGGAUUGUGGAUAACAUGCCUGUGACAUGGUGUUAUGAGGUGGAAGAUAACCAGAAGUUCUGCAAUCCUGGAUUUCCCAUUGGUUGUUAUAUAACUAAAGACGGAAAACCCAAAGAUGCCUGCGUUAUCAGUACGGAGUUUCAUGAACCAGAUACCUUCUACAUAUUCAACCAUGUGGAUAUCACAAUCAGUUACCAUAAUGUAGAAAAUGAACAGUCCGGCUCAAGACUUGUAGCUGCCAAGCUUGAACCAAAAAGUUACAAGCAUACAAAUGCUGACAGUCCAGAUUGCUCAGGGCCACCUAUGGAUAUAAGUAACACAGCUACCAGCGGAAUAGUCCAAAUUGCCUACACAUAUUCAGUAAAAUUUGAGGAAAACAAAGACAUCAGGUGGGCAUCCAGAUGGGACUACAUUUUGGAAUCCAUGCCUCAUACCCGCAUACAGUGGUUUAGUAUUAUGAAUUCUUUGGUGAUUGUCCUUUUCCUCUCUGGAAUGGUAGCCAUGAUCAUGUUAAGAACUCUGCAUAAAGAUAUAGCACGAUAUAAUCAAAUGGAUUCUACUGAAGAUGCUCAGGAGGAAUUUGGCUGGAAACUGGUUCAUGGUGACAUAUUCAGGCCCCCAAGAAAAGGAAUGCUGCUGUCUGUGUUUCUAGGCUCUGGAACACAGAUUUUAAUUAUGACUUUUGUUACAUUAUUCUUUGCUUGCCUGGGAUUUUUGUCCCCUGCGAAUCGGGGUGCACUAAUGACCUGCGCUGUGGUCUUGUGGGUGCUGCUUGGAACACCAGCAGGUUAUGUUGCUGCCAGGUUCUACAAAUCAUUUGGAGGUGAGAAAUGGAAGACCAAUGUUCUGCUGACAGCCUUCCUUUGUCCUGGUGUGGUGUUUGCGGAUUUCUUUAUCAUGAACCUGAUUCUUUGGGGCGAAGGCUCUUCCGCGGCCAUCCCAUUUGGUACCUUGGUUGCUGUUCUGGCACUUUGGUUUUGCAUAUCUGUACCGCUGACAUUCAUUGGAGCCUACUUUGGUUUUAAGAAGAAUGCCAUAGAACAUCCAGUUCGUACUAACCAGAUCCCUCGUCAGAUUCCUGAACAGUCAUUUUAUACAAAACCGUUACCUGGCAUUAUUAUGGGAGGGAUUCUACCCUUUGGAUGCAUCUUCAUUCAGCUUUUUUUCAUUCAGAACAGCAUAUGGUCUCAUCAGACAUAUUACAUGUUUGGUUUCCUGUUUCUGGUGUUCAUUAUUCUUGUCAUCACAUGUUCUGAGGCUACCAUCCUACUUUGCUAUUUCCACUUGUGCGCAGAGGACUACCACUGGCAGUGGCGUUCAUUCCUCACCAGUGGUUUCACUGCUGUUUACUUUCUUAUAUAUGCAAUACAUUAUUUCUUUUCCAAACUCCAAAUUACGGGUACAGCAAGCACCAUCUUAUACUUUGGCUAUACAAUGAUAAUGGUAUUGAUCUUCUUCCUUUUUACAGGAACGAUUGGAUUCUUCGCAUGCUUCUGGUUUGUGACCAAAAUAUACAGUGUAGUAAAAGUUGACUAAAGAACCUGUCAUUUACAAUACUGGAGCUUUCAAUAACCUAAUUUAAAAGACAUGGUCUUGGGAGAAUUUAAGCUUUAUCUGAAGUACUGGCUUCUGUACUUUGCAAAUGAUACUGAAUAUAAAUCCCCUCCCUCCCCUCACUGAAACAUUUGUAUUGUGACUUUACAAUCGGUUUUCACUUGAUGGUUCUUAAUGAAGAUUGAAUUAAAUAUUGUAUGCUUUUGUAAAUAUUACUAUACUAGAACUUUUAAAUUCUAAUGACAGGUUAGAUGUGACUGCAUUGCAGAAUUUAAUGAUACUUCUAAAACGUGUGGUUGUAAAUAGGGUUUUUCUAGGUUUGUUGGGUGGAAUUAAUUAUUUUUCUGCAAUAGAAAUUACUGCUUUGUAUCAUGAUUUUGAAGGAUGACUCUAGAAGUGUAUUGCUUCUCAUUUUAACUUUUUGUUUUGGUUUGUUUUAUAUUUCUGGGGGUUUUUUUCUGGUUUUUUUUUCAUUAGGUUCCAGUGUUGUUGGCCUUUUAAACUUAUGUGCCUCUGGAGUCCUGGAAUCUAUACAUUCAAGAUAGUAAAUAAAUGCUGUAAUAAAUUCUGUAAACAUUAUCAGUGGGUCAUUACACCUUAUAAAUAAGUUCACAACAUUCUGUAAAUACAAAUAUAUUGACAAGAGAAGUUUUUUAAAAGUUAUGUAGAUUAUUUUAUUGUGUGUUUAAAAUCUUGGUUGAUUUAACUUUUUUUUUUAAAAUCUGUUCCCUACAACAUAAAAGUAGUAGUCGCGUACUGAGUAAGAAUGGAAUUUCAGAACUGUGUUUGCCAUGUCAGUCCUAUCCCAGUUAACCCAGUUGGCUAAGAGAUCAGAAAGAUAUGUUGAGAAGAUCUGAGUACGUAAGAACAAGAUGCACUGAGAAGUAUAUUCAUAACAGAUCUUAAUGAAGCAUAUUACAUAAAAUGGAUAACUUGUACUUUGUGGCAUACAGAAAGCAGGCACACUCCUUUGCCUCUCAUUAGAGUAGUCCAAGUUACUAGCUGUAAAGAGCUAAAUUCACAUCUUUGCAGCGGAAACAUGUUUAUUGUGUUGUGUUGCUUGAGUUUGUAACAGACUCAUCUGUUUCGUGAUGCCUUCAUGUUUCCCACAAGAGCAUAUCUGGUUAAAAUAUUGUUUAAAUUGCACGUUUUUGUUCAUACAAAUUAGCAAAGAAGAACCUUAGUUUUUUUUUUCCUAACAUGCUCUUUCUAAAAAUUAUAAGCCGAAGGUGCUUGAAUCGUAAAAAUCCAAUAAAAAUAUCUUUUGCUAACAAA